AAAAGGAUGGUUUAUAGAUUUAACUCGAUUCGUAGAAUACCUCUCUGAGCGGCGACCAAACAGCUUGGUACGAGGCUGAAAUUAGCUACUUAUUUGCAGAACCUCAUGGGUGCUUGGUUUAAGUGUAAACGUGUGCAUUUGGGACGGACUUCACAGUUGCGCACGCACAUGAAGUGAACCUUGUCUAAGUUGGACGUGCUUCGUGUGCCAGGAACUUGACCGAGUUGAACGAGUUUACUGCACAAAACAGCCAGGUGUUCGCAUUCCAGCGUUGCAUGGCGUUGGUUUUUCUUUCCUGAAUGCGCGUGCCCGAGGACCUGAUUUCUCAAAGGGAACACGAUUUUCAGGGGGAACUGAAUCGGAUGCAACACCGGGACGUCUGUAAGCAAACCAGAUCAAAAACAAGAGGCAUGUUAUCGGUCAGAAAUUUUCAUCAUAUCUGCAGAAGAGGAGUUAGUUCUGUGUGGAGAGGUAUUAGUGGGCGUGCUGGUCAAAGGCUUGAUAUUGGUGGCAUUUAUCCUCCCAUAGCCACUCCAUUUACACAGGAGGGCGAUGUAGAUUACCAAAGCCUAGAUGAAAAUCUUUGGAAGUAUGAUGGUAUACCUUUUAGAGGUCUUGUGGUUCAAGGCUCUAAUGGCGAGUACCCGUAUCUGACAGCAGAGGAGCGAGUAGAGGUUGUGAGGAGAGUUAGACUGACUCUACCAAAAGCUAAGCUGGUAAUGGCUGGAUCUGGCUGCGAGUCCACCAGAGCCACAAUCCAAAUGAGUGAGCGCAUGGCCAGUGCAGGUGCUGAUUGUGUAUUGGUAGUGACACCAUGCUUUUACCAUGGCAGAAUGGGUAGCAGGGCUCUCAUUCAUCACUAUACACAGGUGGCAGAUUCCAGUCCUGUUCCUGUCAUACUUUACAAUGUACCAGCCAACACCUUUGUAGACCUGCCAGUGGAUGCAGUCAUCCAGUUAUCCCAGCAUCCAAAUAUAGUUGGCAUCAAAGAUAGUGGUGGAGAUAUCACAAGAAUAGGUCUGAUCGUGCACAAAACCAGGUCACAAGAUUUCCAAGUGUUGGCAGGAUCAGCUGGGUUCCUAAUGGCUGCAUACUCAGUAGACCUGAUGACGUGGUGUAGUUUGUGGAUGUCAUGUUUGGUUGCAGAGCUGCACCAGACUGUGAUGGAGAUGGUGAUGACAGAUUCUAUAAUGGCUCAAUAGAAUGGAAUCAGCAGCUCUUCCGGCAGGUUGAACUUCUUCAGCUGGUGUGGGAAGUACAUGCUCUUCUGGGCUCUUUGUGAUGGAGUGGAUGUUUAUGUCAUUCAGGUCCUGUGUGACUGUGUUUUUUUAAUGUUCUGUCUCUGGAAGAGUCAGCGCACAUCUUUCUCAUGGAUCUUCAGUCGAGGCUGGGUGGCUGGCUGUCUGGCAGACAGAUUCGGGGGAAAGAUGCUGAUAUUUGUGUUGUGGUUUAAAAAAGGGUGCGAACUGGAAGCUAGAGAGUUUUGUGGUGCUAUGCUUUUCAAACCUGUAGUAGUAUAUUUUCCUCUCAGCCAACUAACAAUCACUCAUUGUCUUGGGGAAAUGGCUAUUGGUAGUUACCCACAGUUGAUGGGUCAUUCGCUGAUGAGAGCAGCACUUUUUUGGCUGUUUUUACCUCUUAAUUUAGUGUUUUCUUUGCCUAGCUCCACUUCUGUAUAGCACAUCCUUGGAUCGAUGAAGCUGGGUUUGGCGUUGAUCUAAGGCCAGUUUUUGUGUUUAUUUCAAGCCCUGGAGGUGGUCAAACUAGUCCAGAAGGCCGGUGAGCAGUGGGCACCUGAUCAGGGCAGAUGAAGCAACAGCAUCAGACCACACAGGAUGGCCAGUUAUUCAGCUUGGCAAAGAAACACACAGGCAGUUACUUCUGUUAAGAGUGACUCAUUGCUGUACACAGUGUUGGCAGAGUGCAGCAGAGACUCUGGUAGGUCGAGCUAUUACAGCCUAACUAAAAGAGAGAGCCAGAAGGUAGCAGACAUGAGGGCUCCCUGAAUGACUGACAUCCAGUCUUUUAUGUCUUUUACACAGUCCUCAGUUUAAUCUGGUUUGGUUGGUAUAUAUAAUUGUGUGUCAUCAGCUUAGCAGUGAAAAUUGAUGUCAUGUUUACUGAUAAUCGUAGCUAGUGGUAGCAUAUAUAAUGUAAAUAGAAGAGGUAAUAAAACAGAGCCUUGCGGAAAACACGAUACUGUACUUUUGUAAGAACAGAUGAUUUGCCAUUUAUAUUUGCAAACUGAUAGCGAUCAGGCAGGUAAGACUUGAACCAGAAAAGAUCUAUUCCUGUUACUCCUGUGAGGUUUUCUAGCCUAUCUGGUAAGAUACAGUGGUCUAUUCUAUCAAAUGCUGCACUAAGAUCAAGCAGAACCAGCAAAGAUACAUUUCCUUGGUCACAGGAUAAUAAGAGAUUGUUUACAAUUUUCACUAGUGCUGUCUCUGUACUAUGAUGGGAUCUAAAGCCAGACUGGAAUUUUUCAUGUAUAUAUAUGUAGUUGUUCCCACCUUUGUAGUUAUAACAGCUUCCACUUUUCUGGGAAGGCUUUCUACGAGAUUCUGGUGUGUGUCUGUGGGAAUGUUGGCCCAUUCAUCCAGAAGAGCGUUUGUGAGGCUCACAGUCUCUCUUCUAGCGUUUGUGAGGCUCACAGUCUCUCUUCUAGUUCGUGUUCAGUGGGGUUGAGAGCAGGGCUGUGUGUGGGCCAGUAAAGUUCUUCCACACCAAACUCACCCAACCAUACCUUUGUGGACCUUGCUUUGUGCACAGUCAUGCUGGAACAGAAAAGGGCCUUCCCUCAAACUGUUCCCACGAGGUUGGAAGCAUACAAUUGUCCAAAAUGUCUUGGUAUGCCAAAGCAUUAGGUUUUUGUUUUUUUUUUGUUUUUUUUUACAGUUGGCACAGUGUAGUCAGGCAGGGAACAUUCUUCUGGCAUUCGCCAAACCCAGGCAAAUCCAUCAGACUGCCAGAUAAAGAAGCAUGAUUCAUCACUCCACAGAAUAUGUUUCCACUGCUAUGAAGUCUUGUGGCUUUACACCACUCCACCCAAUGCUUGGCAUUUGGCAUACAGCUACUCAGCCACGGAAACCUAUGCCAUGAAGCUCCCGGUGCGCAGUUUUUGUGCUGAUGUUAAUGCCAGAAGAAGUUUGGAACUGCAAGCAUCAGCAGAGUGUUGGAAUGUACUUCAGCACUUUGUGAACCCAGUCUUUAUGUGGCCUGUCACUUCAUGUCUGAGUUGCUGUGGUUCACAAAUGCUUCCAUUUUUCAAUAAAACCACUCAGUUAAUUGUGGAACAUAUAGGAGGGAAGAAAUUUUGCAAACUGACUUGUUGCAACAGUGGCAUCCUAUAACAGUAACACCCUGGAAUUCACUUAGCUCUUUAAAACUACCCAUUCUUUUACAAAUGUUUGUGAAAGAGGUGCUUAAGAGGUGUGUCCCAGCACUUUUGUCCAUAUAGUGUAGCUGUAUCUCAUUUGUUUUAAGAUUGUAAGGAUUGAAUAAAUAAAGUGGCAGAAGGGUGUGCAAAAGUAGAGUGGUCAAAUUAUAUACUGAUAGAUUUGAUAUUACCCUUAGUCUUAGAGGUCUCUGUGUAUGUUCCUGUUAAAUACAUGUUUCCUGCUUUUUCUGAGACUGAACAGUUAAUCAUAUGUACUUAAUGGCCUUUUUCAAAUGGAAGUGAAAUAAAGGCAAAGGUGGCUCUGACUUUUGCACAGUAUUGUAUAGGGGUGGGAAUCUCUAGGCACCUCAUU